GGAUAUUAUGGAAUGCAGUGUGCGCAUGUGUGAGUUACUAUGCUAAGCUAACACAACAGCUAACUAGCAAACCUAUCCUCGUAGAUAUUUCUCAGGGCAUAGAGUAGGCCUAAAAUCAUCAUGGAUGAUCCAUGGAUGGAGUGUAUGGACCACUGCAUUGCUGUGACAAAAGAGGCUGGCAAGAUGAUCCGUGAGGCAUUGCAAAAGGACAUCUCCAUCAUGCAGAAGAGUUCUCCUGUCGACCUAGUCACGGAGACAGACCAGAAGGUGGAGGCCCUGAUCAUAUCUUCCAUUAAAAAGAAAUACCCAACCCACAGCUUCAUAGGAGAGGAGUCUGUAGCUGCAGGGGCUCCCAGUAUUCUAACAGACAGUCCUACUUGGAUCAUUGACCCCAUCGAUGGCACAACCAACUUUGUUCACAGGUUUCCUUUCGUCUCUGUGUCAAUUGGUUUCACAGUGAACAAAGAGAUAGAGUUCGGGGUGGUCUACAGUUGUAUUGAGGAGAAGAUGUACACAGCUCGCAAAGGGAAAGGAGCAUUUUGCAAUGGUGUCCCCAUCAAAGUGUCUGGCCAAGAAGAUAUCACCAAGUCCAUGGUACUGACAGAGAUGGGCUUCAAAUCAGAUCUACAACACUUUAGAACCAUGAUGGCCAACAUGGAGUCCAUCCUCACAAUCCCUGUGCAUGGGAUCCGGGCCCCAGGAAGUGCUGCUGUGAACAUGUGUUUGGUGGCCUGCGGAGCGGCGGACGCGUACUACCACAUAGGCAUCCACUGCUGGGACAUGGCAGGGGGAGCAGCCAUCAUCAGAGAGGCAGGGGGAGUCAUCAUGGAUAUCACAGGAGGACCAUUUGACCUGAUGUCACGGAGGUUGGUCACAGCCAGCAGUAAGGCCAUAGCAGAGCACAUUGCUCAGAAAAUACAGCCAUUCCCAUGUGGGAGAGAUGACACGGAAGACUAGUACACCCACCUCCAACCACACACACACACACACACACACACACACGCAC